ACGCGUUUCUCAACUGGCUGGCAAACUAUCAAAGCCCGCAUGAAUAUUCUAUAGAAAGAAGUUUGUUAGAUCUCGAAACAGCUAACAGAUUUCACAUCAAAGACAAGUAAUAUCUUACAUAUUAGUCAAUAUUGUUUCUUCAGCAAUCAGAUCAUCGCACGACACAAAGACUCACGUGCCCUGCGAUAUAAUGCUACAUAUUCUCAGAUAGCAAUUCGUUACACGGUGACGUUUUAACGUACUUGCCCUAUUUCAUCUGGGCAUAUCCAAGCCAAGGUUGGAAUUCGUAACGUUAUGGCAGGGGCUGUAGUGAAGAAAGGUAUCGCCUACCUGCAAACCAAGGAGUUUAGAGACUGGAUAUGCAGCACUCACUUUUGGGGGCCUGUGGCCAACUGGGGCCUGCCUCUGGCUGCUUUGGGAGAUCUGAAAAAGGACCCAGAGAUCAUAAGCGGUAAUAUGACAGGAGCACUGGCCAUAUAUUCUAUGUGCUUUAUGCGGUUUGCCUGGAAAGUACAGCCUCGAAAUCUUCUGCUGUUAUCUUGUCACUUUACCAACGAACUAGCCCAACUGAUGCAAGGUGCCCGCUUCAUACACUAUCACUACCUAACACCGCAAGAGGAAAAGAAAAAGCAUCAUAUUCAAGUGGUUGAAAAGGAGAUUCGUACUCAUCCAGAACUGUAUCCAGAAUUGCAUCCUAAAGCCCAUCCCUCUGAAGUGGAUCAGGAGAAGGAAGUCGGGGAGUUUGAUUCGAAAUAUCAACUGAAGAAGGAGCCAGAGCCACAUAUUAAGCCUUCCCUUUGAUUGACCAGAAGGAUUACUAAAUUCUUGCCAAUAUCAUCAGCUUGUUGAGAUUUUAUAUGCUUAUUUUAUAUGGUCUAGGCAGGAAUUCAUACUGCAGGGGAAAAAAUUAACUGUACUGUGAAAUACCACACAUAAAUAUAUUUUAAGGAUUAUUUUAACUAGCAAAAGCAAGUAUUGUAUUUUACCCUAGACUGUAUCAUGUCAGAUUUAUCUGGCAUGUCUUCUGGUUUCCUGCUUCCACAGUGUUUUCGUGACAUUACUGGUAACAGCAAACUAUUUUUUGUUUUCUAUGCUAAGAAACUGGGAAUGGGAGGAGGUAUGGGCAACUCCAUAUCAGAGUGGUUGCAAGCGAUCAAGGAGUGAAUCAAAAGUACAUGAUAAUGUCAAGCUUGAAAGAUGGAGAAUUAAAUGCCAUCAACAAGAACAGGUCACGUAUUAACAUCUUCAUGACAGAAGUAGCUAAAUAUGUAGACAUGUUCAAUAGACUAUGGUUGUGAGCAUGUUGUGAUUAUGCUUCUGUCUUUCAGGGAGGCAAACUAAUGGUCAGAUUUAAAUUAUUUGUAUCUUUUCAUUGUUUAUGGAAUGUUGGUAAACAACAGGUGACAAAGGCAACCAUGUGUCUGAUUAGUUUACACAGCUUGUGCUCAAGUAGAUAAACAAGUUUUCAGCAGUGUGAUUACAUUUUAUGAAUAUUGAGGUUUUAUAAUACUUUCUGUUGUAUGUGAGUGGCUGCUUUAAUUUUCGUAUAUGCAAGACUUCUAUCAUGAAAACAGAAAGCAAUGCCGUUGCUGUAUGUGUGCUUCUUUGAUGAAAGUUUCUUUGGAGUUAAUUAACAGUAUGUAGGGCACAAGAGCUUCAGUGGAAUUUUGUUACAUCGAAUAACAUGUUUUAGAUGCUGUAAGUCAAAGUUGCACAAAGUGAAAACCAUUCUCAGCCUUUAACCUUAGGGGUUAAAGCAUGUGUAACAGUUGUUUCAAAGUCAGUUUCAUAAUUCCUUGCUGCAGAUAAAUUAAUCAUAGAUUUUAUUAUCAACGUAUGUGCAUCCAGUUACAGUGUGAUAUUGCAGAGAAAAUGCCAUUAUUAUAUUAUUUCAUGAUCAACAGGAAUUUUGUUCACUUGGGUACAUAUGCACCUCUGUAGGAGAAAGGGGCAUAAUCUACAGACACUCCUCACUUAAGGACCCAGUUUUGUUUUCACAACUUGGUCGAUUAAUGAAUUGGUUGUUGAGCAAUGGGCACCCCUUACCGAUAUUUCAUGCAUAAUCUACUGUUAGUCUGUCAAGAUCUUUAGAUAUUGUUUUAAUAUCACAUUUGCACCAUUUAUAACAUUUGUAAUAAACUUUAAUGUUUGUAUAAUACUGUAUAUUAUGUAUUAUGCACAUUUCUACUGUAAUAAAAUUAAGCUGCCUGGCUGCCGUUUACCUGGACCACUGUUCUUGUACAAUAUGCAAACACUGACUGGUCUAUGCAGUCAAUAAACAAGUAGGUCACUAAGUGAGGAGUGUUUGUAUUUGGUUUGGUGGAAGGAGGUACAUAACUCAAAAAUGUGAACAUGUUGAUUUCAGCAAAAGUUGGCAUUAAAAAAUACUCAUUAAUUGAUGGUGCUGAUUGCUGUUUUUGUUAUAUUUGCUAAUUGGUGUAAUGAAGUAUAUAAAAUCUAUGACCUCUUUUUUUUCAAGAAGCACGACAUAAAAUUCUAACUUGCUAAUUUAUUUGAAACAUAAACUUGGAACAUUCUCGAAAUAUUUCUUUAAGGAAUAUGUAUUAUUUUUCAUAAGCAAAUAUUCUCAAGUGAUAAAGGUAAAAUUCAAUAAUACAGAGGCAGAUGCCUGCAGAAGAAGAAAUACUGUGAUGUUUUAAACUGAUGCAAAGUGGUAUGCAUUUUUGUCAAGAUGAAAAAACAAAAUGUUUUUUGGUGGAAAAUAUACUACGAAGAGUAUUUAAUACUGUUUCAGUAAUUCCAGCUUGGAUCAAUUUGUGAAGCCUGUUAGUAUCUUUCAUCUGCAACAGCGGGGGAUGUUGAAACAUGCAAGGUUUUGUACGAACUUUGACGUGGUUAAAAUAUAACAUGCUUAUCUCAUUGUGGCAGGUAUCAUGUUUUUUUCUAUUCUUUUUGUGCUAUUGGGAGGAAUCUGUAAAUCUAGAAUGUUUUGUUAAAUGUAUUCUCUGAUUCCAAGAUUUCAUUAUCAUAAUCAUUAAUAUGUAUGAAGAAGACAUUGCAUCUCUUGUGUAUAUUAAUAGGUAUUAGUAGAUUUAAUAUGAAAUCCACCUGUAUGUCACUCAUGUAAGGUCGUUUUCUAACUUGUUUACCACUUCCUCUGGUAGACCAAAUUAUUCUGAAGGGAAAGAGCAUAUAGUAAAAACCUUUUCAAAAAAA